AUGUCUGAGCAAGCUGAGAGACCUGUCGCGGGUACCACGGGUGGUGUCCUUGGGAGGAAGAAGACCAGCGUGCGUGUCUCAGAUGCGUGGACUUUGAUAGACUCACAACGAAACCAGCGAGAGGCCAAGGAGCUUGCAGCAACUUACUCUCUUGACGAAGUGAGAAGUCUCCUGACCACAUUUCAUCGGCUCCAUAAGAGAGAUCCCAACUUCCCCUUGGACGUCAUUGAGAGAAUCGAGAACUUCCUGAAUGACGAGGACAUCUCAAGGGAGCCUGCCAAGUAUGAGCGGCAAAUAUCCGAGAUGAAAAUCCAGGCCGCACUCGUCGUCACCAACAGCCCCUAUGCAGAGGUCCGAAGCGUCGUUUCCCCCCACGACGACCCUACCAUGCCGUGUUCAACCAUUCGAGCCUGGGUCCUGGGCAUCUUGUUUUCCGGUGCCAUUGCCUUCAUCAACGGCUUCUUCAGCAUUCGCCAGCCGGCCAUCGCCGUUACGUCCAACGUCCCUCAGCUACUGGCCUAUCCUCUAGGGAAGAUGAUGGAGUGGUGGCUGCCCGAUGUGGGCAUCACGCUGUUUGGUGUCCGGCACAGCUUGAACCCUGGCCCUUUCAAUCGAAAGGAGCAUAUGCUCAUCACGCUGAUGGCCAGCAUUGCAAAGAGCACGCCGUAUACCCAGUACAUUAUCUGGAUCCAGUUUCUCCCACAAUUCUUCAACCAGCGGUGGGCGAUUAACUUUGGUUACCAGAUCCUGAUUGCCCUGUCGAGCAACUUUAUCGGCUACAGCCUUGCCGGCAUCUGCCGCAGGUUCCUCGUCUACCCAUCAUACUGUGUCUGGCCGCAGGCUCUCGUCACUAUUGCGCUGAAUAGUGCUUUUCAUACGGAGGGCAACUCUCCGGCUUUGGGUCCGUUUGGCAAGGUGUGGCGCAUGUCCCGAUUCAAAUUCUUCUUCUACGCCUUCUCGCUCAUGUUCGUCUACUUUUGGUUCCCCAAUUACAUAUUUCAAGCGCUGGGCAUCUUUAGCUGGAUGACCUGGAUCGCACCGAACAAUGCCAGCUUGACUCACAUCACGGGCUCAAACAACGGCCUCGGCAUCAACCCGCUGCCUACCUUUGACUGGAACGUGCUGACCUACAACCUCGACCCCCUCAUGGUGCCGCUGUUCAGUACGAUCAACCUGUUCGUCGGCAUGCUCUUGACCUCGGUGAUUAUCAUCACAGUCUAUUACACUAACACGUAUUACACUGCCUAUCUGCCGAUCAACUCCAACCAGCCCUACGAUCACUUUGGCAAGCGCUACAACGUCACUGCGAUUCUCGACGAUAGGGGCAUCAUCGAUAGGGACAAAUAUCAAGCCUAUUCGCCGCCAUAUCUCUCGGCUGCCAACGUGGUUAAUUACAUGUUCUUUUUCAGCAUAUAUACUGCUGCUUUGACAUACGGCUUCCUCUACCACAGAUUGGAAAUCAGCAUGGGGUUCAAAGACCUUGUCAACAGCUUCCGCCCCUCGAAGAAGGCAGAGGUGGAGAGCGGACAGGUGCUGGAUGUGCAUAACCGUCUGAUGAAGAAGUAUCGGGAAGUGCCGGAGUGGUGGUACAUGCUCGUGCUUGUUGUGAGCGUUGCGCUCGGCUGCGCGGCGAUUGCGUCCUGGCCAACGAACACCAGCCCCGGCGUUGUCUUCUACGGCAUCGCCCUGUGUCUGAUUUUCAUGAUCCCGACGGGAAUCAUCUACGCCAUGACGGGCAUUGAGGUGACGCUCAACGUGUUGGCCGAGUUUAUCGGGGGGUCGUUUGUGGAAGGCAACGCCCUCGCCAUGUGCUUCUUCAAGACGUACGGCUACGUGACUUGCUCCCACGCCUUGUCCUUUUCCAACGACCUCAAGAUUGCGCACUACGUCAAGAUCCCGCCCAGGAUCACCUUUUGCGCGCAGAUGGUGCCGACGCUGGUCUCGACGUUUGUCUGCGUCAGCAUCGUCUCGUACCAGGUGCACCUAAAGGACGUCUGCACCCCGGACGCGCCCUUCCGGUUCACGUGUCCCGGCGAGAACACCUUCUUCACCGCCGCCGUCCUCUGGGGCACCGUCGGGCCGAAGAAGAUCUGGGGCGUGGGCGGCCAGUACUCGGCGACGCUGCUCGGGUUCCCGCUCGGUGUGGCCGUGGUGGUGAUGUUCUGGCUUCUCGGCAGGUACUUUCCCAGGAACCGGGUGCUGCGCGCGACGCAUCCCGUCGCCCUGUUGAACGGUGGCAUCUUGUGGGCUCCGUACAACAUGACUUACCUGCUCCCUGCGGUGCCUGUGGCGCUGUUCUCGUGGGUUUAUAUCAAGGGCAGGUUCUUGGCCUUGUGGUCCAAGUAUAACUUUGUCCUGUCUGCCGCAUUUUCUGCGGGCAUCGCCAUUUCAGCGAUUGUCCAGUUCUUUGGCGUCACGUACCAGGGCAUCACGCUCGACUGGUGGGGGAACGAGGUGGUGAGCAUGGGAUGCGAGGACCACAACUGCGUUCUCAAGACGUUGCCCGAAGGGCAGUAUUUCGGGCCCGCGCCCGGAAGUUAUAACUGA